CUCAUUCCUUGAGAAAGUACAGCCAUGAACACUAAGAUCUUCAUCCUCCUUGGUCUGGCAGCCGUCGUUGCUGCAGACAGCCCAGAGAUUUUCGCUUAUGGACCUCCUAGGGAUUCCUCCGAAGAGUCAUUCGAGUCGUACGAGUCAGGAGAAGCCAAGUACGACUUCAAUUAUGCUGUUCAGCACGAAGACUCCGGCAACGACUUCGGACACCAGGAAGCCCGUGACGGUGAACACACUCAGGGAUCCUACUACGUGAGGCUUCCCGACACCCGUCUGCAGAACGUCAAGUACUUCGUGGACGGCGACGACGGCUACGUGGCCGAGGUCAACUACGAGGGCGAGGCUCGUUUCCCCGACUCGUAUGAGUCUGCCUCCUUCGAGUCCCGGGAGUACAGGCCACCAAGGCCAGCCUACACCUAUGACUCCGACGAGUCCAAGUAAAUUGUCAGCUAUUUGACCUCUGAAUCAUGAUCUCGGACAAGGAUUUUCAUGUAAGAUAUUUAUUGUAAAUAAAUUAGGAAAUAUGA